AUUCUUUUAUUUUUAGAACAAUUCUUGUUUACACGAUGUACAGCCAUGUGGAAUCAACUAUCAGAAUACACGACUUGAAUAAAAAUCCUUUAGCCAUCAUACCCAUAGGAAAAGCCAAACUUCAAUUAGGACAUGUAAGAAUAAUCCAACCAGUUAAUUUCACAUACUUUGAAGACAUAAUUGAAAAUUUUGAUGAGAUGUUAAGAACUAAUAAACUAAGUGGAAAAUUGUAUCAAGUAUUGAAGAAAAAACAUGCACAUUUGUAUAACACUUAUUAUAAACUAAAACCUAAUGUUCAUCGAAGAAAACGUUGGAAUAGUCUAGGCACUGCAUGGAAAUGGAUAGCAGGAAAUCCAGAUGCUGAAGAUCUAAGGAUUAUCAACCAAACGAUGAAUAAUUUGAUCGAAUAUAACAAUCAACAAGUUUUUGUCAACAAUGCUAUGGAUACAAGGAUUCAACAAAUCAGCAAAAUUACAAACGACCUUCUUGAACUGGAUUUCAAAACAAAAUUACAACAUGAAGUGGAAAUGAAUAUACUUAUUGCGAUACUCAAUAUAGAUGCUGUACAAAAUCAACUAGAAGUUUUGGAAGAUGCGAUAUUACUAGCGAAACAUGGUAUUCCAAGCAGCAGAAUUUUGUCAAUGACAGAAUAUGCCAAAAUAAAACCAUUUUUAGAGCAGCAAAAUGUUCAUGUUACAACAUUUGAAAAACUCUUAUCGAAAUCAUCAGCCCAAGUUACAAUGAAUAAUACACAUGUAAUUUAUAUGCUAAAAAUACCUCAAUUAUCAUCAGAAACAUAUGAAUAUGAAUUCAUAGACUCUUUGGUACAAAAUCAAAAAAGGGUACAUCUUUAUUCAAAUUACAUUCUCUACAAUUCAACAAAAAUAUAUGAAAUCAGCAAUGAAUGUACACAAGAUGAAACUCUCUAUAUUUGUGAUACCAAAAUCCUAAAAACUCCAAGUCAAUGCAUCCGCAAUCUCAUCAGGAUACAACACGCCAACUGUACAUAUGAAAAAGUGUAUACAACUGGAAACAUCAAACACAUAGAUGAAGCAACUCUUUUACUCAAUGAUGUAAAUGUUAGUUUACACUCAAAUUGUACUAACAAUACUCAGAGGUUAAAUGGAUCUUAUAUAAUUCAAUUCGAACAUUGUGAAUUAUAUUUGGACAAUAAUAUAUACCGCAACUCUAUCAUCAACCUCAACAGCAAAACCUUUAGACCAACAACAGGAUUAUUGGUAGAAGAAGAUUCAAUAAUCGAUAUUCCAUCACCGGAAUUUUUGGCAAAUUUAACGCUAAACCAUAGAGGUAUUUUGGAACAUGUGUAUCUACAAAAUGAGUCACUAAAAUGGAAACAGCAUAUUUUUGAAAUAAUGGGUAGUUCUGGAAUACUUAUUAUAAUCAUAAUACUAGUAAUUGGAAUAAUUAUCAAGUAUUGGAAACCAAAACAAACAAAUAUCAAUAUCAAAAUAAGUGAACAACCAACUGCAACAGCUCCCAUAUCAGAAGAAAUUCGAAAACCUGAAAAUGAGUCAUCAAGUUAUACAGACAUUUCUACAGAACGUUUCUUGGAAAUUCAGAAAUUUUUAAACAUGCCGACACAAGAACGCUCAAUAAGACUUUGAGGACAAAGUCUUUUGAAGGCGGAGGAGUUAGCACCACCCUAGUAACACACCAGCACAUUCACAGACCGGCGCGGCAUCGACGAUCCCAGAACCGACAGCCAGUCAAAACAUCGUUUGGAAUUUAUCAAAACAAAAACAUAAAUUAAUAUCUAAUAAAAGAGCAUGUGGCUCGAUAGCGACAGCUUGUUCAGUUCGUUCAGUUCAA